ACAGUGAAGACAUUUAGCUCGAUCUGGCAACUCUAAUGUUGACAGUCUAAUUAAAAAGCCGCCAAUUUUUAUUACGCCGUCGCAAAAGCAUUUGAAUUGAACAAUUGGAAUUUAAAGCAAAUAUGUAUUUAAUAUCAACCUCUAAAAAGACAAUAUUAUCCGAUUUUGCGGAUUUGGAAACGAAGUCAACAUUUGUUCACGCCAAUGGCGAAUCAACAGACUUUCAGUUCAACGCCCAGCGACGCGUCUUUGUGGAGGUGGACAAAAAGGCGGGCUUGGCGGUGAUGCGCAUAAAGGAGAAGCAACAAAACGCACCCGAAAUCCAGCGCCUACGCAAAUUGACAAUAGAGAAUGCCUAUUCGGUGUGCUGCGCCAAAACGGCGUCCAAUCAAAUUGCCAUUGGCCAAUCGAGUGGAUUCGUUAAGCUGUUCGACUUUCGCACGACCGAAAUGAUACACCGUUAUCCGGCGGACCAGUCACGGAGCACUGUGCUCUAUGUGGACUACAAUUGCACGGAUGAUUACAUAGCGGCUGUGCUGGAGGGCGGCAAGAUUAACAUCUAUGGCACCAAGACCAAACAGAAGAUUGAGACUCUCACAAUUGAUGAUCACUCGACUCUGGCUCGUUUUCAUCCCAGCAAGCGUUUCCAUUUGGCAGUCGCCUCCUACAAGGGCACCGUCAGCGUCUACGAUGUGCAAUCCAAGCGGACCAUCUUCAACAUAGACGACGCGCACGAUGCGCCUUGCCGGGACGUGAGCAUGUGCAGCUCACAACCCUCGCUGCUGGUUAGCGUUGGUUACGAUUGCAUCAUCAACAUAUUUGAUAUACGGCGCAACAAGGCGCAGUCGUCCUCCGGCCGUUUGGCCUACUCGCAUCCCAUGUCCACGGUGGCGUUGAGUGAGUGCGGCACCUACUUUUGUGCUGGAAAUCUCAAGGGUGAGCUGAUUGCCUAUGAUAUGCGUAGCACCAAGGCACCGCUGGCCGUGCGUUCCGUGCACGAGGGCUGUGCCGUCACGCGUGUUGCCUUUGUGCCCAUGCCCACGGAGGAGCAGCAGAGCAGCAGCUUCACCAGCUCAAAUAAUGUGACUAUGGAUGCCGGCAAGGCCGCUCAAGUGGAGCAAAUGCCGAGCGAUGAGCUACGCAAAUCGAUUGCCGCCAAUUUGCUGAUUACACAGCAGCAGCUGGCCACCAUGAGCAGCUUGGGCUAUGGCAGCGCCUCUGUCGGAAGCAGCUUAGCAACGCCGGCAACAGCUCGUGGACAGCGAGAUUCCUUUUGUGAUUUUCUAGAUGCACAUAGGCCGCGUGCUGUUGAUCGCAUGUCCACGCGCCUGACCACAACAGCUAGACGUGAUAGCUUCGACUGGGAUGCGCUGCACUCGAAGCCCAACAAUGAGGAACAGCGACAGAGCAUUUGUCCGACCGGCUCGGGUCUUAGCUCCAUAGAUAGCGCUAAUAGCUCUACUGUGGACUCGCUGCAACAAACACUCAGCGGUCCAUUGCGAGAUCGCAGCAACAUAUCGGCGGAUGCAAAGUUGAAGAAAAUAUCCGAAACAGACGAGCACAGCGCCCUGCACGAGCAGUCCGGCAAUUGUUCGGCGGCCAGCAGCUGCGCGGGCAGCGACAAGGAGAAUCCAUCAACAGCGGACUUCGAACGUAAGCAACGCCUGCGUCUGUUGCCAGCCAGUCGCAAUAGCACCCCACAUCAUGUGGCUGCCACGGCAACGCAAUCGGCAGCUUUGCAGCCACAGAAAUUGUUGCCAAAGACGUCCAGUGGCCUUUCCACAGAUGCCUCACUACAGGUUGCUGUUGCGGUAGAGCGUGACGAGCUGGGCGAGCUGCAUAAGGAUCGCGCUGCGCUGCAACAGGAACGAGCCGAGCUGCGCAAGGAGCAGGCCGAGCUGCGCAACCUGAUAGAUGAGCGCUUCGUUAAGCUGGAACGCGAACUGAAAUGGUCAGAUGAGAAAACCCGCUUUCUGCUGUUCAGCGAGGUGUCCGAUUACUGGAAUCAGCAACUGAGCAGCACCCAGGAGAUACGCGAUGCUCUGGACUUGCUGCUGAAAAACGAUCGCUUUGUGCACGAUUACUCGUGUCUGCAGCAGGAGAACGAGAUGCUCCGAGCGCAGGUGCAGCAAUUGCUUAGCGAGCGCGAGAGCUCAGAAGCUGGUGAUGCUUAAAGCAAUAUUUUGGUUUUUAAAAAUGUUCGUAAAUUUGUAAAUUAAUGCUGCAUUAUUUAUC